UACCUAUUUUUAUUUCUUCGAGAGUCCUGUUGUCUUGUGGAGACUACCACUGACGCGGUCUAUUGCACAGCAUUGGAGGGGAGGUGGCUGAAGCAGUUGGGCAGAUGGAUAGUGUGGGGCUCAGCAAGACCGGAGCCGAAGAGGGACACUGGGACGACAUCAGCAAGUGGGUAGUAACUGAAGGCAGGUGGAAGGAAAGGAGACCGACCGUCCGUGGCAAUGAUGUUGGCGGAAAUGACAAGGGGCGCUGGAAAGGCGCUGGCCAACCAAGAUCGACCGAAGGCUACCUACCAGCUGGGGGAGGGAGUACGGGAGCCGGGUCUACAGGGCCGCCAGCUCCCACCUGCAGAGUGGUGUGAAGGUAUGGAUAGAGAGCCCGGCCGAGGCGCUGCGCCGCUGCCGCUCCUUCGGCUUCUGUGGCUGCUGCCCCACUCCUGGGCCGUCCUUGCAGCUCACACUCCAGUGUGGCGGGACGACCUGCAGAACCACACGUUCCGGCACACGGUCUUCUGCCAAGAAGGGACUCCCAGCAUCGGGCUCUCCGAGAGCUAUGACGAGGACCAGCUUUUCUCCUUUGAUUUUUCCAAGAAUACCCGAGUGCCUCGCCUGCCUGAAUUCACUGACUGGGCUCAGGACCUGAGUGAUGCCUCUGCCAUUGCAUUUGACAAAGACUUCUGCAGUGCAAUGGUCCAGCAACUCGACCCAAUAUUUGAUGGGCAAAUCCCGGUGUCCAGAGGUUUCCCUAUCCCUGAGGUGUUCACGCUGAAGCCCCUGGAGUUCGGCAAGCCCAACACACUGGUGUGCCUCGUCAGUAAUCUUUUCCCCCCCAUGUUGACGGUGAGCUGGCAGCAUAACUCUGAGCCGGUGGAAGGAGCUGGGCCCACUUUUGUCUCAGCCGUUGAUGGACUCGGCUUCGAGGCCUUUUCUUACUUAAACUUCACGCCAGAAUACUCCGAUGUCUUCUCCUGCAUGGCGACUCAUGAAAUUGACAGCUACACAGCGAUUGCCUACUGGGUGCCCCACAACGCCCUGCCCUCGGAUCUCCUGGAGAACGUGCUGUGCGGUGUGGGCUUUGGCCUGGGAGUGCUGGGCAUCAUUGUGGGCACUUUCCUCAUUGCCUACUUCCGGGGGCCUUGCUCAGGAGACUGAUUCGUCCUGACUAGAGUUGAUGCCAGUGACGUCUCCAAGCAAAGGACGCUCCCUUCUCGCGUGCUGUGUGCGGUCUUUCCUCGGAGCAGGAAGAGCCUCGACACUCUGGGGGCCCUGUGUGCGGUGACUCAGGCGGGGCCGGGCCGCGCCUGGCUUUGCGUCCAGAGCGCCCGUCACAACUGCCUCCCUUCCCACAUCAAGGCAAUAAAUCUCAGUCCUCGGUUCUUA